UUUUACCUAGACUUCUUUAACGAAGAAAACGAAUUUAAAAAGGGGAAAAAAAAAAAAAAAAAAAAACAGAAGAAGCGAAUACAGCCAACAAAAAGAGAAAAAGAAAGAAGAAAAAGAAAUAAAGGAUUAAAGAAUCAAUCUCUCUUUCUCUUGCUUUUGCCAACUACACACAUCAUCACAUACACCACACUAAACUCGCCACCCUAUAACACACACUCACUCUCUUCUCUUCCAUGGCUACAUCACUCUCGUUCUUCUUCGUCACUUUCAUCUUCAGUGUCAUUAAUGUUCCAGCAGUUACAGGAGCUACCUGGUGCGUAGCAAGAAGUGACGCAAGCAACCAAGCAUUACAAACAGCUCUUGACUAUGCUUGUGGCGCUGGUGCUGAUUGUAGCCCCAUUCUCUCUAGUGGCUUAUGCUUCCUUCCUAAUACCAUUCAAGCUCAUGCUUCUUAUGCCUUUAAUAACUACUUUCAGCGCAAGGGCAUGGCCCCUGGCUCAUGUGACUUUUCGGGCACUGCCACUAUUGCUAAAACUGAUCCCAGCUAUGGAUCUUGUGUGUAUCCAUCUUCUUUAAGUAAAAUCCUGUGCUUUGUGGUGGAUCUAUCAAAGGUGUCUUGUUUGCAUCACUGCUGGAGGGACAACUACAAGCACAACGCCAACGACCACAAACAACAAUCCAAAUUCGCCAACAACGCCAAUGCCUACUACACCAGCCACUCCUGCUGGACUGAAUCCAGGAGUGACUCCACCUCUACCCCCGGAUAGUUCCAAAGCUUCUUUUGGGUUUAUGGCAGGAACAAUCUUAAUGUCUAUCUCCCUUCUGUUAGUUCUCUCCUUUACUUUAUGAUUCAUGUCAGUCUCUUAAAGCUAGAUACAUUUCCCUCACCGAAAGGAAGAGGCUUAUACAGUUUUGUUAGAAAGUGGGUGCCCUAUCUGUUGCUACCAUCUAGCUUUGUGUAGUAUUUGGUCUUUAGCCUGUCUUUUAUGUGGAAGCUGUUAAUGACAAAUUGAAUGGUAGAAGACUUGGUUGUUAUCAUUUAGUAGGCAAGAAGUUGCAGUAGCUGCCUCUGUGUUGUAAUCCAAUCUUUGUAGGUCCGAAAAUUCAAUUUAAAUGUUGAGAACUGAUUCUUUUAAACUC